AUGGUAGAGAAGAAGCAAGCAAAGAAACAGCGGAUCCGCAUGACAAACAAGGCGGUCGAGGGGCUGCGCUUCUCAACGGUGCGUAUGCCUGCCAAGAGUGAAGUGCAAAAACAACAGACAGACAUCAGCCGCCUCAUCAGCGACCACGAAGAUAAAAGAAGUGGUGACAGCACUCGUGAAAAUGGGGAAGAAGGGGCGAGGGGGCGAAGUAGCGGCAACGGGAGGACCCGACAGGUGGGUAGUGCGGCGUUUGACCCCAUUCCAAACGAUCCCAUGUUUUUUAUUGUCGAAAAGUCCAAAUACUGGCCGCCCCCUUCCCUGGAGGACUUACACAAGUCCGUUGGGGUUGAAAUGUCGGGUGACGGUUUUGACCCAUACGACCGCCGCGAGGACGACGAGCAGGCGCGGCAAGCGCGGACAAAAAUUGUGCGGGGUGAACUGAACCACCCUCGUGGGAAACCACGGAAAAACACGCUCGUUAAAUUGGAGAGCAGUAGCGGUAGUGACACAGACAGUGACAAGUGA